AUGUUGGACAUCAUCCUACGGCGACCGCAGCGCCUACUGGUGCUCUUGGCCAUCGUCAUGGUCAUUAUAGUCAUAUCUUCAUAUGGAUCUAUGUCUUCUUGGAAUGCUGAAAAGUUUCAGAACCAGAUCAAACAUAUCCCGAAAUUCUUCGGGAAUCACUCCUGUCCGCCAGUUCCAGUUCGUGACGCGUUUGCUGACUCGACCAAGUUCAUGAGCAACGUCACAUCUAUUGAUGAUCUUGGCCGCUAUGCGACUAAGGAUCAUGUCGGGAACUAUUUCCCUCCCGAAUUUAACCCGGCCGAUAUCAACAAAACCCCGCGCGCGAAAGCUGCGUUCAUCACCCUGAUUCGCAACUCAGAGCUGGAUGACAUGCGUCAGAGUAUGAUGGAUGUCGAAUUUCGCUUUAACCGCAAAUACAACUAUCCGUGGGUUUUUCUGAACAACAAGCCAUUCACUGCAGAAUUCAAGCAGGGCGUGAAACAAAUGACAAGGGCGCCAGUGUACUUCGGAAUUCUGCCGGAAGAGCACUGGAGCUACCCAAGCUGGAUCGACCAAAAUAAAGCGGCAGCAGCGCGUGCAAAAAUGGAAUCGGAAGGGAUCAUCUACGGAGAAUCUGAGUCGUACCGUCACAUGUGCCGCUUCCAGAGUGGCUUUUUCUUUGAACACCCGUUGACAUAUCAACUAGGCCUCGAGUACUACUGGCGAGUGGAGCCGGGUGUUCAUUUGAUGUGUGAUAUUGACUUUGACCCCUUUUUGUUCAUGCAGAUGAACAACAAAGCGUAUAGCUUCACGCUCACGCUUCCUGAGUACGAUGCCACCAUUCCUACGCUUUGGGACGAGACGAUGAAGUUUAUGAAACGACACCCAGAGUACCUGGCGCAUGACAGCGCACAGCGUUUCAUCACUGACCAGGACGGUCUUGAAGGCUCCCGUUACAACCUAUGCCACUUCUGGAGCAACUUUGAGAUUGGUGACCUGCGCUUCUUCCGCGGGAAGCAGUACAAGGAAUACUUUGACCAUCUUGACAAAGCGGGUGGCUUCUUUUAUGAGCGCUGGGGCGAUGCGCCGGUGCACAGCAUUGCUGCAGCUCUCUUUCUGAACCGAUCUCAGAUUUAUCAAUUUGAAGAAAUCGGAUACUAUCAUCCUCCUUGGGGUCACUGUCCUGCGAAUCGGAAAAAGUAUCACGACAAUGGAAAGUGCAGCUGCAAUCCUGAAGAUUCCUUUGACCGGGAUGGCUAUUCAUGUAUGCCCAAGUGGUGGUCUGUCUCUGUCGAAGGUGAGCCUUCUCCAUAG